GAUUAUACUAUAACUUUAUACCUAAAUCAGUACUGGAGAGACGAAAGACUUCAGUUCUCAAACGCGGAUGAAUACAUGACCCUUACUGGGGACUUUGCAGAGAAGAUUUGGGUCCCUGAUACGUUUUUCGCCAACGACAAAAACUCGUUCUUGCACGAAGUAACAGAGAAAAACAAAAUGGUCCGACUCUAUGGAGAUGGUUCUAUAGCCUAUGGAAUGAGAUUUACGACAACUUUAGCUUGCAUGAUGGAUUUACAUUACUAUCCACUGGACGAGCAGAACUGUACCAUAGAGAUGGAAAGCUAUGGUUACGCUAUGCAGGACGUAGUGAUGUAUUGGAAAGCGGGGAAGGACUCCGUUAAAGGCGUAGAGCACGUGGAGCUCCCCCAGUUCUCUAUUGUAGAGUAUAGAACCAUUAGCACGGUGCAGUAUCUUGCCACGGGCGAUUAUCAACGAUUAUCGCUCAGCUUCCUUCUUCAAAGAAAUAUUGGCUACUUCAUUUUCCAAACCUAUCUCCCCUCCAUCCUUAUUGUGAUGCUGUCCUGGGUCUCCUUCUGGAUCAACCACGAGGCCACCUCAGCGCGAGUUGCAUUAGGCAUCACGACGGUGCUCACCAUGACCACUAUCAGUACUGGCGUACGGUCUUCCCUCCCUCGUAUAUCCUACGUCAAAGCAAUAGACAUCUACCUGGUCAUGUGUUUUGUCUUUGUGUUCGCUGCACUGCUUGAGUACGCAGCCGUAAACUAUACGUAUUGGGGGGCCAGGGCCAAAAAGAAAGCCAAGAAGGCCAAGCAGGAGCAGGAACUUCAGCAGCAAAAAGUCAAUGGCUUUCGGACCAGCGCCGAUGAGGAUGAAUCUAUAGAAAUGCAAGAUCCAAGAAUGUCCCCUAUACUAAGUCUUAGAAACAGACAGAGCUGUUGUUAUGAAAACGAACAAACAAUGUCGACAGCACCCGUACGAAUGACUACGUGCUUACCACGUGGAUCCUACGGUUAUCAAGGACGAGUUCAAAGGCAGAGCAGCGCACGACGGAGAACAAGUUCCAUAAGGAGCAGUUUUAAAAGCGGAAAACGCAUUGUGACAGGCAUCAGGGAGAAAGCUAAAACUAUAACAAAGAAAGUACCAACGGUCAAAGACGUCAAUAACAUUGAUAAAUAUUCACGGCUUGUGUUUCCGACUCUUUUCCUCAUUUUUAAUGUUGGUUACUGGUGCUUUUAUCUGUUGGCUUGAGACAGGGUGUUCAUUACAUCCCACACUGCGCAGGCGCAUCAAAUUGGCAAUAUGGAUGCAGAUUUAUAGAUGAUGUAAUCCUAGGAAAGUAUUGUUCAAAAUUGAUGGGGUGAUCCACCUUACUUGACUUAAGAUAUACCAACAUGGUGUUACGUUGGACAGCUUUUGAAUGAGAAACUGAAUCUUGUCAUACAACUUAUAACACACGACUUUUGGAUUUUUGAAGCAUUAAAAAAAUUGGCAUAACCCCUCGCCCACAUACAUGCAUCCUCUCGCACUCUUAUUUACGGUAUGUCCUCUCAGGGCAAAUUUUUCAGCCAUUUUGAGAACUUGUGAUGCCAAUGAACUUUUAAAAAGUCAAAAAAUAGAAAGACCUGUCUGGUUUCAACUGGUUUGUCUGCCUCGAAGUAUACAUUCAUUUAUCCAUGGAGUGCUA